AUGGCUGAAUUCUUACUACCUGGUACCAACAACUUCCGUAAGUUCACUCAGGAAUCCUUGGCUGCCAUCAGAAAGAGAAUUGCUGCCAAGAAGAAUUGUCGAAGAAACACCACAGAGCAGAAACCUGAGGAGAAACCACGCCCCCAGCUUGACCUAAAAGCUUUCCAGAAGUUACCAGCUCUCUAUGGAAAUCCUCCUCCAGAGCUUAUUGGGGAACCACUGGAGGAUCUUGACCCCUACUACAAAGAUCAUAAGGUUUUCAUAGUGCUAAACAAAAAGAAAACAAUCUUCAGAUUUACUGCUACACGCGCCCUGUGGAUCCUCAGUCCUUUCCAUCCAAUACGAAGAUGGGCAAUUAAAAUUUUAGUACAUUCAUUAUUCACUUUGUUUAUCAUGUGCACCAUUCUAACUAAUUGUGUAUUCAUGGCUCUGACUGAGUCCUCAAAGACUACAUCUCCAUCGAAGUUACUUAAGUAUGUUGAAUUUACUUUCACUGGCAUUUAUACUUUUGAAUCAUUGAUAAAAAUACUGGCAAGGGGAUUCUGUCUAAAUGAAUUCACUUUCCUUCGAGAUCCCUGGAACUGGUUGGACUUCAGCGUUAUCGUUAUGGCGUAUGUGGGAGCAUUUAGUGCCUUGGGAAGUAUGUCAGUCCUUCGAACUUUCAGGGUUCUGAGAGCUUUAAAAACCAUUUCAGUAGUCCCAGGACUCAAGAUCAUUGUAGGGGCACUUAUCCAGUCUGUUAAGAAACUUGCUAAUGUGAUGAUCCUGACUGUUUUCUGCCUGAGUGUCUUUGCCCUCAUUGGCCUCCAGCUUUUCAAGGGAAAUCUCAGGCAAAAGUGUAUCAAGAACACUACAGAGUGGUGUAACAAAACAUGGGAAACCUAUGAAAUGUUUGUUAAUGAUUCAGAUGAUUUUGCUAAGAAAAAUGGCACCUUAGAUAUUUUGCUGUGUGGUCCUGGUGCUGGGGUCUGUCCUCCAGGCUAUAAAUGCUGUAAAAUUGGUCCAAAUCCUGAUUAUGGUUUCACCAGCUUUGAUACAUUUGGCUGGGCUUUUCUUUCCUUAUUCCGCCUGAUGACCCAGGACUACUGGGAGCGUCUGUACCAACAGACCCUCAGAGCUUCUGGAAAGAUGUAUAUAGUCUUCUUCAUGAUGGUCAUCUUUCUGGGCUCAUUUUAUCUAGUCAACUUGAUUCUGGCUGUAGUAACAAUGGCAUAUGAAGACCAGAACAAGGCCACCAUUGCUGAAACAGAGGCAAAGGAAAGGAAAUUUCGGGAAGCCAUGGAACUACUACAGAAGGAGCAAGAGUCAUUGGGUAUUAAAGGAAUUGAUGUCCUGUCACUUUGCUCCUUUGAAGACCCUUCUCCAUCUGCCAAAGAAAUCAAAGAAAGGAACAACAGGAAAAAGAGAAAUAAGUCCUUGGGGAUAGAAGAUAAUGAAGAAGAAGAAGAAUUCCCCAAGUUACAGCUCACAGACAAUCAACGAAAGUUGUCUCUCCUUGGCCUGGUGUACGGUCCCAAUGCAAGCCAGGGGAGACGCAGACUUAGCCACGGGAGCGUGUUCAAUUUCCAAAUUCCCGCCGUGGAAGUGGAUUCCAGGAUGGAUUUCGGUGAUGAGGAAACCCACAGUGCUGGGGGACACAAAAUCCUGUGCCAUUCCCCGUCGGGCACGCAGAUUGGAAGGCGCUCCAGCUGGCAGAGCCAAAUGAGCCACAGCUCUCAGCCCCCUACCCCGAACUGUGUGCAGAGCAAGGGGGCCAACACGGAUGACUGCCAUGGUGUGGCUUUGGGGCUGGGAGGAGGAAGCAGCAGGGUUCACAGUCAAGAUCCAGUGUCAUCUGAAGGAUUAAUGCUUCCACCAGUAAUGGAAGACUCGGGAAAGGGAGAUCUGCCAGCUGCAUGUGAUGAGAGCAGCCUGAUGCAUUUACCUCCUCAUCUGUCAGUGGAGUACUUUAAUGAGGCUCUUCAGAGACAGAGGGCAGCAAGUGUAGUCAGCAUAAUUACCAGUGUCUUGGAGGAACAUGAAGAAGCUCAGCAGAGAUGCCCACCACGCCUAAAGAAAUUUGCUUUAAAGUAUCUAAUUUGGGACUGUUGUCCACUUUGGUUGAGAAUCAAGAAAAAAGUGGCUGCCUUCAUAAAGGAUCCUUUUUUUGAUCUCACUAUCACUGCUUGCAUUGUGAUGAACACUUUGUUCAUGGCACUGGAGCACAAUAACAUGUCACCUACUUUUAAAUUCAUGCUUAAAGUAGGCAACUUGGUUUUCACAGGAAUCUUCACGGCAGAAAUGAUCUUAAAAAUCAUCGCUCUAGAUCCCUAUUAUUAUUUUCAGCAGUCCUGGAAUAUUUUUGACAGUAUAAUUGUCACGCUGAGUUUAAUUGAACUGAGUUUCCCCAGAAGCAAAAACAAGAGGGGAAGGCGAAAAGGAGGAACCCUGUCAGUUCUACGAUCCUUCAGACUGCUAAGGGUCUUCAAACUGGCGAAGUCCUGGCCAACUUUAAACACUCUAAUUAAAAUAAUUUGUAACUCCCUGGGAGCACUGAGUAAUCUGACCCUCGUCCUGGGAAUCAUCAUUUUCAUUUUUGCCAUAGUAGGGGUGCAACUUUUUGGGAAAAGUUAUAAGCUCAACUGCACUAAAAUAAGCAAAGAUUGCAAGCCACGUUGGCACAUGAUGGACUUUUUCCAUUCAUUCCUCGUCGUUUUCCGAAUUCUGUGUGGAGAAUGGAUUGAGACCAUGUGGGACUGCAUGGUGGUUGCUGAAACACCACUGUGUCUUUUUGUCUUUCUGCUGGUCAUGGUGCUAGGAAAUUUAGUGGUUCUCAACCUUUUCAUUGCCCUCCUGCUGAGUUCCUUCAGUGCUGACAGUCUCCAGACAACAGAGGAUGACGGAGAGAUGAACAAUCUCCGGAUUGCCUUCGCUCGCAUCCACAGGGGAUUUCACUUUGUCAAGAGCAAGACGUGGGACACCUGUUGUGCAAAGCUCAGGCAUUUAAAGAAAGUACACAGGAAGAAAAUCAAAUUGACUGCACAGAACUCACUUGGGUUCAAGUGUGAAGAAAUAAAAAACCGUAAAGAGAAUUACAACAAUGAAUGGAUUGAGAAAAAUGGGGACAAAUGCUCAGGUCUUGAUGAUUUUGUUAACAAUCCCAAUAUAUUUGUUUGUGUCCCUAUUGCUGAGGAGGAGAACACGAGUGAGGGUUUUGAGGAUGAUGAUAAACUGAGCUCAUUUACAGAGACAGAAUGCAAUUAUUUUCAGGAUGAAAAUCACCUGAGGCAAAGGGGAGAAAGAGCAAAAAAUUCAGGCAGCUGGAGUAAAGGAUCAGGAUUUUCCUCCGAGGAAUUCAGCGUGCUUUACCCAGGAAAGGACAGGAUGGGUGAACCAUCAUCACCAGAACAAAAAGAGUUUGACAGUGUCAGCUCUUCUGAAGGCAGCACAGUGGAUCUGACAAAUCCCGAAGAUGUUUUGAGGAAGAUUCCAGAAUUUUCUGAAGACUUCAAGACUCCAGAACAAUGUUUCCCAGAAGCUUGUGCUCGAUACUUUCACUGUUGUGUGGGUAGUGCUGCAAAGUUUGGAGGAGAAAAGUGGUGGAAUCUGAGAAAAACCUGCUACCAGAUUGUUGAACACUCUUGGUUUGAAUCCUUUAUCAUAUUCAUGAUUCUUCUGAGCAGCGGAGCCCUGGCAUUUGAAGACAUCCAUAUACACAAGAGAGUCAGAAUUCAAAUGAUACUGGCAUUUCUUGACAAAAUGUUCACUUUCAUCUUUGUUCUGGAGAUGCUUCUGAAGUGGGUGGCUUAUGGCUUCAAGAAGUACUUCACCAAUGCCUGGUGCUGGCUGGACUUUCUUAUUGUAGAUGUCUCUUUGAUAAAUCUCUUCGGCAGUACAUUUGGCCCCAUUAAAUCUCUUAGGACUCUCCGAGCUCUGAGACCCUUAAGAGCAUUGUCACGGUUUGAGGGAAUGAGGGUGGUUGUCAAUGCCCUCGUGGGAGCCAUCCCUUCCAUCAUGAAUGUUCUGCUUGUCUGCCUCAUCUUCUGGCUCAUCUUUAGCAUCAUGGGAGUGAACCUCUUUGCUGGGAAGUUUGGGAAGUGUGUCAACCUGACAGAAGAAGAUUCCAAAUUAAGUGACAUGAUCAGAAACAAAUCAGACUGUGAGAGCUAUAAUAACACAGGAAAAAUAUUCUGGGUCAAUGUCAAAGUCAACUUUGAUAAUGUAGGCUCUGGCUACCUGGCUCUCCUUCAGGUGGCAACAUUCAAAGGUUGGACGGACAUCAUGUAUGCAGCAGUAGAUUCAAGAGAGAAAGAUGACCAGCCAGAAAUGGAGCACAGUCUGUAUAUGUAUCUCUACUUUGUGAACUUCAUCAUCUUUGGAUCCUUCUUUACCCUGAACCUCUUUGUUGGUGUUAUUAUUGACAACUUCAACCAACAAAAGAAAAAGAUAAGUGGGGAAGAUAUCUUUAUGACAGAAGAACAGAAAAAAUACUACAAUGCAAUGAAAAAGCUGGGAUCCAAGAAACCUCAAAAACCCAUUCCAAGACCACUGAACAGAUACCAGGGGUUCCUUUUUGACAUUGUAACGUGCCAAACCUUUGAUGUUGUCAUCAUGGUUCUCAUCUGCCUUAACAUGAUCAUGAUGAUGGUGGAAACCUAUGAGCAAAGUGACACGAAGACGAAUGUCCUGAACAAAAUCAAUAUACUCUUCGUUGUCAUCUUUACUGCAGAGUGUGUUCUGAAAUUGGUGGCUCUGAGGCAGUACUAUUUCUCAAAUGCCUGGAACAUAUUUGAUUUAGUGGUUGUUAUUAUGUCACUUGUUGCCCUACUGCUUUCUAGCAUUGGCAAAGCAUUUGAGCAUUUCUUACCACCCACGCUCUUCAGGGUCAUUCGCUUGGCUCGGAUUGGACGGAUCCUGAGACUCAUCCGGGCUGCCAAAGGAAUUCGGACUCUGCUUUUUGCCUUAAUGAUGUCCCUGCCUGCUCUGUUCAACAUUGGCCUCUUGCUUUUCUUGGUCAUGUUCAUUUAUGCCAUUUUUGGCAUGGCUAACUUUGCCUUUGUGAAGAUGGACGAUGGCAUUGAUGACAUGUUCAACUUCCAGACCUUCGCUAACAGCAUGCUCUGUCUCUUCCAAAUCACCACGUCAGCUGGAUGGGAUGGUCUUCUCAGUCCUAUUUUAAACACUGGGCCACCAUACUGUGAUCCAAGCGUAAGUGGUAUUGUAGGUGAAUGUGGUAAACCUGCCAUAGGUAUUAUUUAUUUUGUAAGUUACAUCAUUAUAUCAUUUCUCAUUGUUGUAAACAUGUAUAUAGCUGUUAUUCUGGAGAAUUUCAACGCUGCUACUGAGGAAAGUACAGAGCCUUUAGGGGAAGAUGACUUUGACAUCUUUUAUGAAAUCUGGGAGAAGUUUGAUCCUGAGGCAACUCAGUUUAUAACUUUCUCUGCGCUUUCAGACUUUGCAGAUGCUCUGGCUGAACCUUUACGUGUACCAAAACCAAACAAAGUUGAACUCAUGGCCAUGGACCUGCCCGUGGUCAGUGGGGACAAGAUACACUGCUUGGAUAUCUUGUUUGCUUUUACCAAGAGAGUGUUAGGAGAUUCUGGGGAGCUGGAUACUCUAAAAGUACAAAUGGAGGAGAAGUUCAUGGCUGCCAACCCGUCAAAACAAUCCUAUGAGCCAAUAUCCACCACACUCAGACAGAGACAGGAGGAAGCGUGUGCCACAGUCAUCCAACGUGCCUACAGGAGUCACCUGCUCCUACGCUCCUUAAAACAGGCUUCUUACCUGUACCAUCGCAGAACUUGCAGUGCUGACACUCUGGGAGAGGCUGCUCCAGAGAAUGAGGGACUUAUUGCAUCUAUGAUGGCUGCAAACUAUGGUAGGAGUCCUAACAAGUCUGAAACUUUGUCCUCAGUAUCCAUUCCUCCAUCGUAUGACAGUGUCACAAGAGAGAGUAGUGGCAAUCCCGUGGUAGAGAAUGGAAAAAUAACAGAUAAUCAGCAAUCUCCAGACACUAAAUAG